AUGGUAACUCUGGCUCAGAGGCUCGCUGCUGGAGACCACAAAGUCCUGCCAUGCUCGACCCAGGAGCUAAGUGAUCUGCAACGUGAUCCACCUGCCCAUUGUUCUGCAGGGCCUGUUGGAGAUGACUUGUUCCACUGGCAAGCAACUAUUAUGGGACCUCCUGAUAGUGCAUAUCAAGGGGGAGUGUUUUUUCUCACUGUUCAUUUUCCAACAGAUUAUCCUUUCAAACCACCAAAGAUCGCUUUCACAACAAAAAUAUACCAUCCAAACAUAAACAGUAAUGGGAGUAUUUGCCUUGAUAUCCUGAGGUCACAGUGGUCACCAGCUUUGACUGUAUCAAAAGUUUUAUUGUCCAUAUGCUCCUUACUUUGUGAUCCUAAUCCUGAUGAUCCUUUAGUACCAGAUAUUGCACAAAUCUACAAGUCAGACAAGGAAAAAUACAACAGACAUGCAAGAGAAUGGACUCAGAAAUAUGCAAUGUAAACUUGUGAAGACUUUUUCAUAUAUACCACAGAGUACUGUAAAUUCUAGGUUUUUUCAAAAUUAGAAGUAAAUGAAGCACAGUUUACUGUUUCAUUGUACCAUGAAGCCCUUUUAAUUUUUACCCAUGUAAGUGUGUUUCUGGAGCAAGAAAAAACAAACUUCCAAAAAUAAUCUUAAAGCUGUGAUGAGAGUAUUUAUCCUUUUUGUAUGCUUUGCAAAAGACAUUUAUUAUGGUUUUUAAGACUCUUGGACUUCUGCAUCUUCAGCCUACAAGAUCCAUAAUGCAGUUGUAAAGCAACCAAAUCAUUUUUUGCUGAAAAACUAGAUGUUUUACUUGAGAAAUACUGUAUGUGUCUUUAAAAUACAUUGUCAAUUUCAUAGGUCUGUUCAAAAUUUAAUUGUUAUAUAAUUUGUAUUUUUUUACUGUAUAGACUAAAUAUAUUUUAUUUACCAUGGAAAUCAAUUCAUUUAGACUGGUUUUUUUUCUCAAGCACAGUAUUGAUAUGAUACAACUGCUGAUAAUGAAAUUAAUGCGGUGUUGCUCCCUAUGGGCUCUUAUACAGAGUGAUUGCAGAUUUCUUAAAACCUAAAAUGAUCUUUGCACUGUAAUUCUUAGUAUGCUGAUUAUGGAGGAAACACUUGGUUUUUUUAUUCUGUUGCAUACUUGACUUAAUUUUAUUGCAUUGUGAACUAAUUGCACUGCUAUGUAGAAAGACAUGUAACUGUUUUGUUUGUUGCUAUUUACGACUGAUUUCCCUCUCCCCUCCCCAAUAUUGGCUACAUAAUAUUCUCAGACCUUUUACAAAUCUUACAGUAGCUUUUUCCAUAUAAAUAAAAUGCAUUUUCUACUA